AUGGUGUACUGGACACCCGGGCACGGGACAGGUAGGAGAUCACACAGAUCAAAGGCCCCUCGGGCCCAUCACCAGGUCAGUGUCAAGGUCUCCUCCAAGGACGCUGAGAUGAAGACAGCAGAGGAGCCAACCCCAAGCCUUGGGCAGACCCUGGAGUGGCUGAGAAAGGAGCUGGCUGAGAUGCAGGUUCAAGACCAGAGGCUCCUGCUCACCCUGAGGCACCUUCACAGUGUCCUGGAGGAGCUGCGCGCUGAGAGCGCUCACUGGGAGGAUGCCAGGUCCAGCAGAGGGACGUCCCCCAUCAGAGCUCGAGCAGGCUCCGAAAGCAGGGGCCGCCACCCCAGCUCCUCUAAGGGGCUGGCCCAGCUCCUCCAAGGGGCAGACAGCCGGCGAAGCUCCCUCCCUUGA